CUUGUUUUUUCUUUUUCAUUUUUUUUUUAAUUUAUAGGUACCCUCUUUCUUGCUCUAAUUUAAUUUGAUCUAGGGUUUUUUUUUUUUCUUUUGUGGUUUACCCCCAAAUUGAUCUGCUCUAUGCUGCAUGUCCCCUCCUCCUCCCCCUCUCAUUCUCUUUAUAUCUCUAUUUGAAUGUAUACAUUAUUGAUUUUUUGUGUGGCAAAUUUGUGUCUUUUUUCAAAUUCAAUAUUUUAAAAAAAAGCCCUUUAUGCACUCUAAUCUAAUUGGUGAUAUUGUCCUGCUUCUAUGAGAUUCAAUCUUUCUGUGUUUUUAUUUCUUAUUUUUUGAGUAAAUUGUGAUUCUUUGUUGAGAUUGGUGUCUGUUAACAAUCCUCUUCCAAUUAAAUCCUUCUUGAUUCUCCAUUUCCAGGUCUAAGCUUGAAAAAAUUAAUUUAUGAAUUUUAAUUAUUAGGUCAAAUGGCGCUUAUUUGUAUAUACUUAAAAGCAUUUAGUUUACAAUUUGGUGUUAUAAAAGUGCUAGUGACAUUUUGCAGCUUAAUGUCCGAAUUCUUAUGGUUUGAUGGUUAUUAAGGACUACAAUUGUUUCUGCCAAUUGUAUGGUAGGUAUGGAUGCACAAGAGAUUCGUGAGAAAUCACCGGAAAGAGAUAGUGUCUGCGAGUCUGUAGAGCCUUGUGCUAAGGCCAACGGAAGUGUAUCAUUUCACUUGAAAGAUAGUGGUUCACCGACAACAAAUGGUAGUGAAGGCAAUGUCAAGGGAGUUGCUUUGUGCCCUAUUACACCCAUUUCUUGUAGAGAAAACGGGGAUUCUGUUUUUGUGACCAGCUCCCCAUUGUCGGUGGAAUCUCCUCAAUUGCCAAUUGUGGAUGGCAUCAAUUCCCCAAGAAAUGAAGAAGUUGCGGCUUUAGGUCUUGAUGGUAGCCCUCGCACACCAAAUGAGAGAGUUUUUGAUCCAUUUGCCCCAGGUCCCGAUGAGAUGCUUCUCGCUCCUAUUUAUAAAAAGCUUGUGAAAGAGUCUCGGAGAAUUGUUGCUCGAAGGCUAAAUUUUGAUGACCUUGACGAUUUUCUAGUAUCUAAGAGUGAUAACGAAAAUGCAGAUAUAUUGACAGAGAAGUUGUUGCUGGAGUCUGUUUAUGAAACUCUUCUGGAAGCCAUUAUCUUGAAGCAGUCAGAGGAGACUUUUGCUGAAAAUCAGCAUUUGGAAUUGGAGAAUCUUCAUACACCAACCUCACCACCUCCCCUGAUGGGAGUUGCUGAGACCUGCCCUGGAGCUCCUAUGAAGGCUGCAGCCAAUAAGUCAAGGAUAAUUGACGCGGCACUGUGCAGGAAGCUUGAAUUUUAGUUACUUUCAGAUGUUGGGCAGAGAAGCCUGGAUUUUUAUACUGACUUAUUGUUUAAUGCUCCACAGACGCAAGCAUAUCCGCACAUACUGCUGACUCCAAGGGUUGCAAGUCGUUUACUGUUGUAUGUGUAUUCUAGAUCCCUGUAUGUUCACCUCUUAGUUUUAGUGAUUCACCCUUUAGAGAGGUGUUAGAUUAUCAUGCCCUUGUACAGCUGUUUCAGACAAUCAAUUUGAGCAAAUAUCUACAAGUGCUUCAGUUCGCUUGAAAGUUU